AUGGACAGCCUUGCCGCAGGGCAUAAAGAACAGCCCAACUUUGUGUCAAAGCUGAAAUGGACUGUCUUGGGUUAUGUGCAAUAUAAACAGACUGUUAAAUGGACAAUAAGCCUAUGUACUUCUCCCAUGGCUAUUCGCCAUGGCGUCCUGGGGAGAGGCUUUGCCUUAUGUUUUCUAUUUAAGGAGUAUGCCUCUAAAUUAAUGGGUGAAAAAUCAACAAGCCCACGCAAAGUUACUGAGGCAAUGUUAUAGGAUAUGUAUUUGCUUAUGGGAAAGUUUUUUUUAUAUGCUGCAAUUUUACUUUGGAUGAUGCCUGAUUUAUUAUCUGGAAUAACAUAUAAUAAUAAAGGAGAUCAUACUUCACUAUUUUCUUGCUAUUCCCCCGGUCAUUUGGAAGGGAAUGAUACAAUUAAGUUGUUUCUUACCUCAGGAGAUUUGGUGGUCCACUGUUACUUCUUAACUAGAGAUAGACCUUCAGAGAUCAGACAGCACCUGAUAAAACUGUUUACAUCAAGAGGACUUGCUCCCACUUUUAAAAUCAUGAAUAGUACUUAUUCUGGUGUCUUUCACUUUAAUUUAUCUAUGAAUAUUCAAGAGGAUGCCUGGUUUAUUAUCAUUCCAAGAGAAACAAUCACAUUUAAUACAGAUAUUGCACCAAUAGAACAAUGGUUUGUAAGUAUUUCACUACAAGAAGGAUUAACUACUUACAUUACUGAAGGAACACUUUUGGAUCUUGUCCGAGAACCUAUUCUUCAAUGGCAACUUGGGGAGCCAAUAAGUCAUAGUCAGUUUAUUAAGAUGAUUCCACAUGUGAAAAAAAUUAAGAUAGCAAAAUGCCCUUGUGCUAAUGAUGUUGUAAUACUUGGUAUUGUGUAUGAUGGCACUUAUGAAGGUGUCUACUUAGGUUUGACCUAUUCUGGAUUUUGGGAUGACAAUGGUACUUCAUGGUACAAUUUAACAGAAAAUAUUUGCUCUGCAUUAUCAGAAGACUGCCUAGAUUUUUCAUUUGUGGAUGUUGUUUUAACAAAUCAUCAUUUAAUACUUCUCACCUCAUUGGGUCUUUUUAUAAGUGAAGAUCUUCGUUAUCCAAAGAAGAGUUUAAUAAAGUUUUCAAGAGCAAACUUUUGUGGUUUUGAAAGGGAAGAUUAUGAACGAGCAAAACUAUGGUAUCAAGAAAGAUGUUUAGCUAACAGAGAACAAUUUGAAGAUGAUUUUAUUGCUAUCACUUUUGACAAAAACAAGACCCUGAGCCAGACAUCCACUUGCUUUUAUGGUCUGGAUCCAUUUGUUCUCUGGAGGCCUUGCUUACCAAAAGUUGCAAAAAAGAAGAAAAUAGUCAGUCACAGAAUUAUAUCAUUUCUUAUUGACUCUGAGCAGAAAACUGGAAUCUAUCUUUUAAAAGCACAGGAUACGAUUUCUGUUGCUGUAAGGACUCUACAUAAUUCUAUACCACAAGUUCAAAUGAAAUUUCCAAGUUUCAAUUUUCCUGAUUCUUUUUCUCUUCCUCUUGGAAUGGUUUUCCACCCUAGAAGUCACUUUCUCUAUGUUUAUGGCAAUCAGGUGUGGCUUUCAACUGAUGGGGGCAACAGUUUUGUGGUGGUAGGCUAUAUGUCAGAUGACCCCAUCCAGCGCACCUACCAUUCUUUUUAUAGUGCAGAUAUUAUCUUUCUUUCUGUGUCUUCAACAAUUCAUCUUUCAAAGGCAGGAUUAAGAACUUAUACUCAAUAUGGAAAAAUCAAAACAACAACUUUUGAAAUAUACUAUGACCAUGUAGGCAUUGGAAUUUUAGUCACUCUUAAAAGUAAUACAUAUAAUGGCGUAAAUAAAGAGCCUCUGUUAUCUACAUCAGCACUAACAUCGAUGGAUGGAAAUGUGGCAUUUAAUACUUCACUAGCUCCACAGUAUCUCACUGAAACUGAAAUUAUCUUCUUUGCCUAUGAACCCAUUGCUGCCACUGGGAAAUAUGAUAUGGACUUGAGAUUUAGCCAUAUUCAUCUUGGAAAACAGUUAAGAUCAAACUCAGCUGGGUUUGCUCACAUAAUGAAGAUUAUGAAACAUGAUCAUCUAAUAGGUUUUCCUACGUCAGCUUUUACAGAAGUGUUGAAACCUUUUAAAAUGGAACUUACAAUAGAUAGUCCUUGUUUAUGGAGUUUCAUGAUCAUUGAAAAAGCUCGAGAUCCAUUUUAUAGAAUUAAGCUUCUUUUAAAUGAUUUAGGAACCAUGUUUUUAUUUAGACGUUCUGACAUUCUGAAGACUAUAGUGAUUCCUGGUUAUAGCAGCUUCCUUCUUAUUAAGUUCCCUGAUUAUAAGUCAGCUCUGGCUCUUGCUACAAUGCCUACAAGAGUUCCUUUGAAUAAGACUUUUAAAACUAAUGAAUGGUUUGUAUAUGACUUUUCAAUGCAAUUUGAUUCUACAUGGUCUAUUUCUCCCACCAUUUGUAACCAUUGGAUUCAACAUGAUGCUACCCAAACAUCAAAAAGUAUUGUUAAAUACAUGGAUCUAGGGGCUUCCUACACUUUUAAAAUUAAGAUAAUUCCAAAGAUAAGUAAAGGUGCACAGUUAUUUCAAAUGCCACAUGUAGAAGUAUUUGCUGGACGUCCUAAUUUGAUGGAGAUAAAGUCUCUUGGCUAUUGGGAUGACACUGACAGUUACAUAAUUGAAAUUACAACUAUCAAUAGAUAUUUACGACAAGGUAUGACUUCAAUUUCGUUCGUAGUUUGGCAAGCAUCAACAUUUUGCUAUACAACAACAAUUAUAUUAACACUGAAGAGCAGCUGUAGUUAUAUCAAAAGCAUGUAUCUUAUUCCUAAUCAGAAAAUUUCCAUGUCUGACUGGGAAACGGGAAUACAUAAAAAUCAAUAUGGUUUCAAUAUGAUCAAAACCUUGCCGGAAAACUAUAGACCUCCGUCCCAGUUGGGAAUAGCUAUUCCACUCACAGACAAUUUUUAUAAUGCUGAUCCCAGCAAACCCAAGCCAAGAAAUUUAUUUCCUGAAUCAAAAGUAACUGGAAAGUACAAGCAGUGUUUGAAUAAGUCCUCUCGAGCAGACUGUAAUUGUUCCAUUGUUGAGAAGUUUUCUUACAGUACUGAUUUCUCAGAUUGCAGGGAAAAGGUCCCUCGGUAUAAGUUUCCAGUUAGACAAUAUCCCAUCUCUUUGAACAUCCUCAGUGAAGAUCAUAAAGAACUCAGGAUGGAACCUCCAUUUUUGGUUACUGUAACUGAAGUGAAUCAAAGAGGAAACUGGAAAAUCAAACAACAUGUUCCAGAAACCAUGAUGAAACUGAAGAAAUAUGUAGAAAAUAAGAUUUUUCUUCCCGUAUAUAAUCCAAAGAACCUCAACCUAAGCAUAACUGGUUCUGAACUCUUCCAUUUCAGAGUGGUAGUUAUUCCUGGAGUCACUUUUUGCAACUUUUAUGAUGAGUUUCAGAUUUACGUAGAUGAGGUACCAUUGCCAUUUCCAGGAAGAAUUCUUAUUGCUACUACAACUGCUGUAGUUCUGGGGGCAAUCAUUUAUUUGGCAUUUAUGCUGGAAUUAUAUAAUAUCAAAGUGUGGAAGCCAUUUAAAAAUAUGAUAACUAAAAAGAAAGGAUCAAUUCAGCCUAUUAGAAUAGUUUCAGUGGACUGAACAUGUUAAGAGGAAUGGCUAAUGUCAAAUAUAAAUUAG